AUGUUUGGUAACAAAAAGCCAGACCGAGGCCCUAGUGGCUAAGAUGGUAAACGAGAUGGAAAUAGAUGCCGUUUACUGGAGCGGUACUCCCUGGAAGAAAUCCUGGUGUCUUUGGCAGGGUUGAUCUUCAUUGCUGCCACAGCAGGUUUUCUGGCGUUCCAGUUCAUCGUAAAUGCCAUUUAUGAGGAGGAGUAUGAGAGAGAUGUGGCCUGGAUAGCCAAGCAAAGCAGGCUUUUGUCCCCUACCUAUGAGGAGGAUGAGGACACUGAGGAUGAAGACAUGGAUGAUGACAUGGAGGAUGAGGACCAGGAAGAAUUGGAGAACCAGAUGGAGGAGGCAGAGGAAUACAGGGCAGAAGAUGAGGUGCGCAUGGAAGAGGGUGCCAGAGCUACCUUCCUCAUUGACUUAGCAACCUUUACCUGUGUUCUUGACUGUAAACUAAGGAAGAAUAUAAUCAGGUUUAAUGUGUUUAAUUUCUUCCGUGAGCGUAAUUUCCUGGUGUCUAUACCAGUAGAAUCGGAAGAGCCAAUUGAAUGUGAGUGUGAAGAUGCUGACGAAGAAGCUGCUGAAGCUGCCCAGGAGAAGGAAGAGGAAGGAGAUGAAACUGCAAAACUGGAAGGGGAGUUGAAAGAGGACCUGGACUCCACAGAGGACUCCCUGCCUUAG